AUGGACUCCCUGGCCAAGAAGACCCUGGAUGUCUCACGCUCCUUGACAUACACAUACUAUCACCAUCCACCAGCCCAGCCAGAAAACCCCACUGUAUUGUGUAUCCAUGGCUUCCCCGAUGAGGCUGCUGAAUGGGCAAACCUGGCAACAGUCCACCUCAUCCCUGCUGGCUACGGUCCUGCCAUGUACGCUUUCGAACACAUGACAAAGGACCUUACAGAGAUUCUUGACAACGAAAAGUUGCAAAAGGUCGUCUCUCUGGGCCACGAUUGGGGUUGUGCUCUCGCUCAAAGAUUCUACAACUACUACCCUGAUCGUGUUUUGGGACUCGUCAUGGUCAAUGUUGCCUACACCGCGCCUGGAGAUCAGCCCUUCGACCUCGAUGCAGCCAACAAGAUGACCAAGAAGAUCUUUGGUUAUGCCACUCUUCCUUACUGGUACUUGUUUUCCAGCGAGGACGGCUACAAACUUCUCGACGAGCACCUUGAGAGUAGUUUUACUGUUCUCCACGGCCCACCGGAGAGCUGGCUAGACACAGUCUGCAAGUACGACGGUGUCAAGGACUUCUUGCUUGAAGACAAGAAGCAACAGACCGAACCUUAUGCCACCGAAGAGAUGAAGAAUGCAUACAUCACUCGCUUCAAGCGUGAUGGAUUUGCUGCGCCAACAUGCUGGUACAAGGCCAUGGUCGGCGGCCACCAAGACUUUGAGGCUAAGAAAGUCAAGGCCAUCACUGUUGACGUGCCCUCGCUAUAUGUUGGCUUCGACAAUGACAAGGUGUGUCGUGCCGAGUCAAUUGGCAUGGCGGUGAAGAAUGGUCUUUUGCCCAAGCUCACAAAUGUUACGUUGGAAGGUGGUCACUGGGGUCUGCAUGCCAAUGCUGAGAAGUUUGGCAAGACUGUUGUAGAUUGGUUGAAGAAGGAGAUAUGA